AUGCUGAGCUACGCGACAUGGGCCCGCGAUGAGUCGAUCCAGAUGGAAGCGUACAAGUGGUAUGCCAGAGCACUAGCAGGCUUGCUGGCGGCGCUGUCGCACCCAGCGCCAGCAGCAACCGAGUCCAAUGUAUGCUCUGCCGUCAUGCUCAUUCACUUUGAGACAUGGGCGGACACUGCCGAGGGUGCCUGGCUCAAACAUGUUCACGGCGCGUCAACUCUGCUAGAGGCCGCGGGGCCCCGUGCCUGUCGCGAGGGCUUCAUGCACAGGAUAUUUUGCCAUCUACGAUUCCAAGCAUUCAUCGCCACCAUGCACGAAAACAAGCUCUCGGAGUUUGCCUCGCCUGAAUGGAUGUGCGUCCCAUUCGAGAUUCACCCCCCCAACAUGUUUGACCAAAUAGUUACGAUUUUAUUUGACGUUCAGGCGUGUUUGGCCACCGCCCAUGGGGUCACGCAAACGCACGACUUGGCGGCAAGGGCCAAAGUGCAAUUGAGAGCGUUGGCCGAAGCAACCGUGGCCAAGCUGUUGCAGUGGGAACAGCAGUUUAUGCCACCCUCGACGACUCAAGAGAUGAAUGGCAUCUGUAAAGACAGUUGGCCUUCGGCUUCUUGGCCCUCGUCACCGACGGGACCAAGUGCCGCGCAUGAUAGGUUCCCACCGGCUCAUUUCACGAGUAUGCCAGAAGCGGCCUUGCUGUCCCUGUAUCACGCUGCUUGUAUAGUUGCCUGCCGCUUACUAGCCGUGGCGCGAGACGACGUAGCCGAUGGCGAUGGACUGCUGGUGCACACCCAGGAGAUUAUACGGGCUUACAAGUUUGUGGAAAGGGUUACGGACAAGGCGCCUACCAGUAAUUUGGGGCCGGUAAUGAUGGUUCCGCAGCUGAAGAUGGCGUCGUUGUGGGGUGUGGACGAGAGUCAAAGAGUGAUGGCUAUGCGCAUGUUGAAGCGAGUCGGUCGCCAUCAGAGCUUCGCCCUUGGAGAUAUUGGGGACUUGCAAGACGGUUAUUUCGCGAGCGUGGCGUCUUGGGCGGUGGCGUUGACUGAUUUGGUGGACUGUGGGCGCUCUUGCGAGACUGUCGAGAAUUGA